AUGGGGGAACUAUACAACAAAAGACAUAAAUACAUGAACAAUGGUGUUUUAAUUUAUGAAUGGGAACAAACAAUAGAUGAAGUAAACAUUUAUAUAAAUAUGAAUUCAAAUAUAAAUAAAAAUGAUUUAGACAUAAAUAUAAAAUGUAAAAGAGUUAAUAUUGGAUUAAAAGGAGCAGAAAGCUUUUUAGAAGGAGAAUUAUUUAGCUUGAUUGAUGAAGAAUGUUCAUAUUGGUAUAUUGAUGAUAAUAUUUUGCAUAUAUUAUUAACAAAAGUUAAAAAAGCAGAAGUAUGGAAUUGUGUUUUUAAAGGACAUAAAAAUUUAAAUCCUGAUGAUGAGAAUAAUACAAAAAAAAAAAUGCUUUUAGAAAGAUUUCAAAUGGAACAUCCAAAUUUUGAUUUUUCGUCUGCCUCAUUUAAUGGGCAAGUACCGGAUGCUCGAACUUUUAUGGGUGGAGUUAAAUAUUAA